AUGUAUGGUUCUGAGGAAGGUCGAAAUUUCGACAAGGAUAUAGCGCGCUCCUUUUCACAGGCCCUGGCGCGCGGUAAAUACGUCCACUCCAUUGUCAUGCACGAUGUCAAGCCUGACAAGGUCGAUGAAUACGUUGAACUGGUGGGCCAGUGGUAUCCCCAAAUGGCGGGCACCAAGGAGAACCGCGUUAAUCUAGUGGGCAGCUGGCGGACGCAAGUGGGUGACAAUGAUACAUUUAUCCACAUCUGGGAAUACCAACGGUACGAAGGCUACCACGUUUCCCUUCACAACAUCUCAGAGCACCCAGAGUUCCGUUGUUUCGAUCGAAAACUCAAGAGCCUGAUCAAGAGCAAAAAAACAUCACUGAUGCAAGAGUUUUCAUUUUGGCCGACGACGCCGCCCCGCCGUCUCGGUGGACUGUUUGAGCUUCGAUCGUACACAUUGCAUCCGGGCAAACUCCUAGAAUGGGAAACACAGUGGCGUCGUGGUCUUGCAGCCCGUCAAGAGGUUAUGGAGGGCGUGGGUGCAUGGUUUGUGCAGAUUGGUGACUUAAACACGGUGCACCACCUCUGGCAAUUCGCCAAUCUGGAAGAACGAAAGACCCGCCGUGAUAAGUCGUGGGAAGUUGAGGGAUGGGCCGAGACAGUGUACAAGACUGUACCACUUAUCCAGACCAUGCAAAGUCGGAUUCUUGUUCCGAUGCCGUGGAGCCUCGUCGGUUAG